AACGUUAGUGUGUUUCAACGUUAAUGACGCUAAGUUACUUCCCAGUUUCUUUCACUUUCUGUUGGAACGGGUCAGUAUGCUGAAGAAGUGGCGAUAGACGAUCAUGUGUUGACGGUGUUUUCGGGUUUUAAGGUAAAAUAAGGAGACUCGAUAUUAGACAUCGGAGUUACACGGAGUAUCUAAGACAUUUCUAUUUGCGUGUUUGGGUCGCACACAUCCUCCUCGAGUUUCAUAUAUGAGCCCAUGUCAUAAGUGAAACUCGAGUAUGUUAUGGUAUACUGUAAAUACAACACAAUUUUUACAACCUUUAUAGUAAUGGAGACACGAGGAGACUACUUCGAGCAUGUGGAGUAACGUAAUGUUUAACAUUGACUGACGUCGGCGGAGCUAGCGCAUUGAUUAAAGGACAUUUUAGCAAAACUUACGUAUAUGUAUAAAAGUUUUUAAUUCAGCAAUCCAGACAUGCGACGCAUGUGGACAUUUCUAAGCGACAUCAAAUGCGUAUAUUUAUUUUGGCAAAAUAUAUAAGGGCGGAAACUACGUUUUUUAUUUGGGCAACAAAGAGGAAACGUAACUUACCGAGCACAGAGAUGUACUGAUUUUUAACGGUUGGCAGCGAUUAAGGAUGACUAUAAGUACUAAUCGAUGACAGGACAUACAUAAAUGGUAUAAAUGGUUCUACUUCAUUCUGAUUCUACCUGGUUGCUCUGAAAAAAAAAUCUGUUUCAUUAUGAGCUCCCAACAGCUGAUCGUGAAACAGAGACCAGUGCUUCUGGAAGCCCUGUAUGCUGGAGGCAGUGCUGAACCUCUGGACUGUGUUCUGGACCUGCUCCUGGCCUGGGAGGUUCUGGUCUGGGAGGAUUACCUGAGCAUACGAGUCUCUGAAAAACCUCUAAGUUCAAAUGCAAGGCAUCUUCUAGAUGUGGUCUAUGAGAAAGGUGAAGAUGCUUGCGGCCUUUUGUUGUCAGCUUUCAAGCAGGUCUUACCUGAGGAGCAAAAGGCUGAACUGUGUUUUGGGAAAGAAUGUGCUGUUUUGGAAAAGAAAACAGCUGGCUCUGCAGCUUCGGCAUUACUGACUGACAGGCCAGAGUUAGUAAGAAAGCUCCGAGAUAAUAUUGAUGGGGCACUAAAUGUUUUGGUGAAAAAUGGCUGCUUCACCAUCAAUGACUGUGAUGGGGUGCAACUACCUGUAUACACACCCUCACAACAGGUUCGGAGACUCCUCGACCAAGUGAGGUUUAAAGGGGAAAAAGCCGCGAGGACAUUAUUACAGUAUCUAGAUCAAACAGAGCCAACCAAACAAAAUCCUGAAGUUGAGAAACAUCAACGCCUUGACAGAAUGAGAAAUUUCUCAGCUUCUCCCGAAAUUCUGCUUUAUCAGAAGAAGCUGCGGAGCUCUGUAGCUUCCCAGUCCCACUUCCUCAGCACCUAUGGUGGGACAGGACGUUUCUCCCUGGAUGACAUUUACACGGAUGGACUUCUUGAAGUGAUGGACGCCUCUGGGGAAACUACAACAUUAGAGCUGAAGGAUGUGGUGGGUCCUGUGGGAAUUCUUAAUAAGGAUGCUGACACUGCGCUCGUGUCUGGGGAGGCAGGUAGUGGCAAAAGCACGCUGCUUCAACGACUCCACUUGCUUUGGGCGCGAGAAGCUUUGCUCACCGACAUUUACCUGCUGUUCCCCUUCAGUUGCCGCAAGCUAAACGCGGAACACCGAACGCUGUCUCUAAAAGAGCUCCUUUUCCUGCACUGCUGCUGGCCUGAUCGAAGUCAGGAUGAAGUGUUUCAGUUUAUCCUAGACCACCCUCAUUUGGUCCUCUUUACAUUCGAUGGGCUUGAUGAGUUUAAACAGGGGUUCACAGAUGAAGAACGCCACUGCUGUCCCACACAGCCAGUGCCUAUACCCACACUGCUUUUUAACCUGUUGCAAGGUACGCUAAUGAAAGGUGUUAUGAAGGUAGUCGCCAGCAGGCCACAGGCUGUGGGCCCAUCGCUGAAACGUUACCUCAAAAAAGAGGUGCACCUAAAGGGCUUUUCUCCAGGGGGCAUCGACUGCUUUGUUAAGAAACAGUACAGUGAUCCUGCUAUGGCUAAACGUGUCAUUGAUUCCCUCCAGGGUAACACAGCAUUGCUAAGCCUUUGCCAUAUCCCGGUCUUCUGUUGGAUUGUGACCAAGUGCCACCAGGAGCUUCUUGGUGCUGAGGGUGCCAUUCCCCAGACCAUAACCGAUGUAUACCUUCUGGUUUUACAGCAUUUUUUUCAACGGAAGUCAUCUCAGCCCCAAGGAGCUUUGAGAAAGGACUGGUUGGAGGAACACUUGGACACGGUGUUAAAACUUGGACAACUAGCUUUAGAGGGUUUGGAAGCCUCCUGUUAUGUGUUCUCAGGAUAUGAACUGCAAAAAAGUGGUCUUACAGAAGACGAUAUCAGCGUAGGUUUUCUCAUUUACUGCAAUGACCUAUCUGUGACAGACUGUAAACGCUACGAAUUUCUGCACAUUACCUUACAGUGUUUCUUUGCUGCUCUGUACAUCAUUCUGAAUCAAUGCAAUAAUCGCUCCGCCAUCCCCAAACUCUUUCAGUCUCAGCACAGGCCUCAAAAGUGUCUGGGACACUGUGUUAAACAUACUGUAGACGAGACAGAGUCCCACACAGCAGAGAAACCAGACCUCCAGAUUACAGCUCAGUUUGUGUCUGGACUUUUGUCCAAGCAGCAUCGCAAUCUACUAUUACACUCCUGUCCAGCAGCUUUGCGUGAACGUAAAGUCAAACAGGUUGUUAAGUCAAUAUCUAAAGCAAUGCAGAGACAUUUCAAGUCCAUUCCUCGUCCUGUAGAGGGUGAAAAGAAGAGCAUGCACGCCAUGCCAAGCUUUGUUUGGCUAAUCAAAUGUAUUUAUGAAAUGCAAGACAACAGCAUUGCUCAAGAUACUAUGGCUAAAUUGGAUGUCGAACACCUAAAACUCACCUACUGUAACAUUGGACCUGUGGAAUGCACUGCAUUGGCGUAUGUGCUAAAGCAUCUGCGGAAUCCUGUUGGGCUCCAAUUGGACAACAAUUGUGUUGGAGAUGUGGGCGUGGAGCAGCUUCUUCCUUGUCUAAAUAAUUGUCAUUCACUAUAUUUAAGGAACAAUAACAUAACAGAUGACGGUAUCCGGAAACUUGUGGAAAAGGGAGUCUGUUGUGAAAACUUUCAAAAAUUAGCUCUUUUCAACAACAAGCUUACAGAUGCCUGCACCCAGUACUUUGCUUUGCUGAUGAAAUCAAAACAGAAUUUCCUCUCAUUGAGGCUUGGAAAUAACAACAUCACAUCGAAGGGAGCAGAGCAGCUGGCAGAAGGCUUAAGUUUUAACCGGUCUUUGCAGUAUCUGGGGCUAUGGGGUAAUCACAUAGGGGACAGGGGGGCAGAAGCAUUGGCAAAUGCUUUGAAAAACAGCACAACGUUAAUAUGGUUCAGUUUGGUUGAUAAUGGAGUCGGCAGUGCAGGUGCAAACGCUCUUGCAGAACUUGUCAGUCAGAGCAAAACUAUGGAGGAAUUGUGGCUAAACAAAAACUCCAUCAGCAGGGAUGGGGUGGAGUGUCUGAUAAAGGCACUUAAAACAAACUCUAAGGUUAAGGAAAUUUGGCUAAGGGGAAAUAAUCUGACCCCAGAGGAAGAAGAGGAGCUGAGUAAACAAGAAAGCAGAUUGACCUUCUGAGGGCAAGAAUCCUCUGUCAUCAACUACUAGAUCUAGUGAACAGCAAUGGAUCUAUCUACUGUAGUAACAAGUAGCGAACUCCCACACUCCCUCACACA